AUGCCGAUCAGUCUAGCCUCAACCGUCAAGCUCAACACUGGGGCAGAAAUUCCAGUCGUCGGACUUGGUACCUGGAAAAGUGCACCAGGUCGAGUUGAGGAAGCCGUCGAAUAUGCCUUGAAGAAGGCAGGCUAUAGGCACAUCGAUACAGCCACGGAUUACGGCAACGAGAAAGAAGUCGGUGAAGGUAUCAAGGCCUCGGGAGUGCCGCGCGAAUCUAUCUUCGUCACCACCAAGCUUAAAAAUGAUGACCACGAUAAAGUGGAGCAGGCGCUGGAAUAUUCAUUAAAGCAACUCGACACUCCAUAUAUUGACUUGUGGCUAUUGCACUGGCCUGCACCAAUGUUAAGCCCUACCGGGGACGGAAAGCCUAACAGGGACUUGGACUGGCUUGACACUUGGAAAGAGCUGGAGAGGGUUCACCUUGCUAACAAGAAUAAAGUCAGGGCAAUUGGAGUCUCUAAUCUCUCUGUGCCCUUCCUCAAGCGACUCCUCAAGGAAGCCAAAGUCAUCCCUGCUGUAAACCAAAUUGAGCUCCACCCUUCCCUGCCUCAAAAGGAAGUCGUCAAGGUCACAGAAGAAGCUGGUAUCCUGCUCACCUCCUACUCGCCUCUCGGCUCCGACGAAUCUCCACUCCUCACGGACGAAGUGAUCGUCAAGAUUGCAAAGAAAUACAACGUCGAGCCCGCAGCUAUCCUCGUUUCUUUCCAGGUCGCUCAUCCAAACCGAACCGUCCUUCCAAAAUCCGUCACUCCCUCGCGUAUUUCGGCGAACGCUCAAAUUGUCGAGCUUACCCCCGAAGAGUUCGCGGAGAUUGAUAAGAUUGGCGAAUCAAAGAUUUUCCGAGUUUGUAAUCCUACGUGGGCAGGAUGGGGUGAUCUCGGGUUUGACCUCAGCAAAGAAAAGGAGAGUGAGUAA